GAUAUUUUUGACUUCAUACAGUACAGUUCGUCAUGCUGAGUUGAUUAAUGAAAAAAACAAAAAUAAGCUAACCACUUCAAUCCGAGAUUGAAUAGAAUACAAACAAAAUAUUAAACCCGCGAGUGUGAAAGCAGAAAUGAUAAUAAACAAAGAAACCUUUCCCUACAGAAUGGGAUUAUCGCCGCUGUACUUCCUUCCGCCCUCUCCGGCGAACGUGACAAAUGAGCGGCUUGGAUACUUUCCAAUAACCCCACCGUACCAUUACCAGUACGAUUACGUACUCCCAUCAGCCGGAACAAUGCAAUCACCAGUGAGGCAGACUGCAACGAGCUCCUCAUCCCCUACGUCGUCGUCAUCAUCAUCAUCAUCGUCAUCCUCCGCUGGGAUGCUGGGAUCUAUCGACAAUGGCCAGUCGUUGUAUUUUUACAUGAAUGCAGCUGGGAAGGAGGAAAUUACAUCGGUGCCAUUAUCGCCGCCGCACACACCGCCACUGUUGUACACAGCGGCCAACAACGAUGGCGACAGCAUCCUAGCCGGAAAUGACACCCAUGGUAGCGACACUGCAUCCGAUGCGGUCGUCGAUCGAUACGGAUUAUCGAAUCUGAGUUCGGCUAAUGGCGGCGGCGGUAAUUUGGGCGGCAGUAACGCUGGAUAUGGCCAACGUAAUCGCAAUAAUGACGGUGGCAGUGCUAGUGACAGUAGUGGCAAUAAUGAUGGGCGCCUAUACCCGGCGCGCAAUUCCGUUAUCAUGAAGGUGGAGAACCAGCAAGUGGUUCCCCUGCUCGGCGAGGUGGGCUCCCGUUCGAUCGAGCAGUUUGUGUGCAAGUGGGAGAACUGCUACUGCGUGUUUUUUAAACUGGAAGAUCUGGCCAGUCACGUCACGCAGAAGCACGCCGUCGUCGGGCUGGGUGGUUUGUACUACUGCCGAUGGGAGAACUGUUUGCGGCAAGAUCGGGGCUUCAAUGCCCGCUACAAGAUGCUGGUGCACGUCCGGACGCAUACCAAAGAAAAGCCUCACCAGUGCGGAAAGUGUGGAAAAAGCUUUUCGCGUGCGGAGAAUCUGAAAAUUCACCUUCGUUCUCACUCCGGUGAAAAGCCGUACGUUUGCCCCAUUGAGGGUUGCAACAAGGCCUAUUCUAACUCCUCGGAUCGUUUCAAGCACACACGUACACAUUCGAACGAUAAGCCAUAUGUGUGUAAGGUCGCUGGAUGCCACAAGCGCUACACCGAUCCAUCAUCAUUGCGAAAGCACGUGAAAACCUUCAAACACCUCAGCCUGUUAGUUCCAUUGGGAGCUACCGAGGAUGAUUGCCAUCACCACCACCUCCACUCAACUGCAGCCAGCUAUCCUUCGAUGCGGUACGGCAGCAAUGACACCGGAAGCCCCGGCAAGAUGGCAAGCGAUAACUCAUAUACCGAUGACAGUCGAGCUUCCAGUACGACCACCACCACUAGCAAUCCUGAACUAGACGGCGAAGAUAAUAAUGUGCUAAUUGAUGUCGUCAACGUCGACAAGUGUGAUGAAAAAUUAAUCUUCACUGACUAUCAUUUCUAUCCGAGUGGAAGACCCUUGGGGCAGGCCGACGAGUGGCCAUCGGGAUACCGGGGUAGGACGAUGUCGCCCCUGCUAGACACGACCGAUAGGUCCCUGGAGGAACCGGACGGGGCCAGCGGAGAUGAGUGCGAGAGAAGUUUUCUUAUUGAACCAGAACGAGACUAUCGUCGACCGUAUAGCAACUUCCCGAAAGGCUUCCUCGAGUCUGGAUCCCAUACUCUGGACGGACUCGAGCACUUUGGGAAAGAUGAUGAAGGUUUGCUGCCGACGGCUGUGGAGGAUGAUGAUUUGUGCAGUGCCAUUCGUCGGAUGAACAGUGCUCGGCUGAUGGGGGUCGAUGCCAUGGAAGUGGACGGACCACUGGAUCUCAGUAUACAUCAUCGAUAGUGUUCGAGGGUUGUUUUUUAUGGCCUUGAAUCGAUUAUUUUGUGUUCGUUUUGAUUUGUUAACGUGCUUUACUUGGCGACUUUAUAUUCAUAUAUUUGAGAAACUUAACGUACU